UUCGCGUCAAAGAGCCUAACUCAAGAAUUCGUAUUGCAACGUACGCGAGAGCUCGAGAUGCUUCCAGACGAACGUCACUCUUUCUGUUCCCGUCGAUGCCAAAAUGUCUAAUCUAGCGCAUCUACCGCAAAGGAUAAAAUACGUCAUGUCAGUCACAUCUACGCAUAAAUAUCGUUACAAAAAUGUGGGCUUGGACUCACAAGAAUUACGAAGACGCAGGGAGGAAGAAGGUGUACAGUUAAGGAAACAGAAGCGAGAACAACAGUUCUCAAAAAGACGCAAUGUUCCUAAUAUGGUAGCUGAGGAUGACAGCGUUGCAACGGAUGAAUUUAUAUAUCCUGCACUACAAGCACAAGUACCUACCAUAACACCUGAAAUAGUGCAACAACUGUACAGUCCUGAUCCAGAGGAACAAUUGGUAGCUACACAAAACUUUAGGAAAAUGUUAUCCAGAGAACCGAAUCCUCCUAUAAAUGAAGUUGUAGAAACGGGAAUCGUACCUAGAUUCGUUGAAUUUUUACAUAAUAAUGACAACUGUACUCUACAGUUUGAAGCAGCUUGGGCUUUAACAAAUAUAGCAAGUGGAACGUCUCAACAAACGCGUGUAGUGAUUGAGACAGGGGCUGUACCCAUCUUCAUAUCAUUACUUGGUUCUAAGUACGAGGACGUUCAAGAACAAGCUGUCUGGGCAUUGGGCAAUAUUGCAGGAGAUAGUCCUGAAUGUAGAGAUCAUGUAUUAGCCAAUGGAAUUCUCCCUCCUCUACUUCAACUUCUUUCGAAAACAACACGUUUAUCAAUGACACGCAAUGCAGUAUGGGCAUUAUCAAAUCUUUGUCGAGGCAAGAAUCCAACACCAGAUUUUGCGAAAGUUGCGCCAUGUUUACCAAUUUUAGCUCAUCUUCUUAACCACACUGAUACUGACGUCCUUGCUGAUGCCUGUUGGGCUCUUUCUUACUUAAGUGAUGGACCGAACGAUAAGAUUCAGGCAGUUAUCGAUGCAGGAGUUUGUAGACGUCUAGUAGAGUUGCUUAUGCAUGAACAGCAAAACGUCAUCAGCGCGGCUCUUCGAGCAGUGGGUAACAUAGUUACAGGUGACGAUGUACAAACGCAGGUCGUUCUUAAUUGUUCCGCAUUACAUUGCCUGUUUCAUCUAUUGAAUUCAUCUCGAGAAACUAUUCGCAAGGAAGCUUGUUGGACAAUCUCUAACAUCACAGCCGGAAAUCCUCAACAGAUUCAGGCUGUUAUUGAAGCUAAAAUAUUCCCUAUCUUGAUUGAUAUUUUGGGCAAAGCCGAAUUCAAAACUCGGAAAGAGGCAGCUUGGGCUAUUACGAAUGCCACCAGUGGUGGUACGCCUGAACAGAUACGUUAUCUUGCCUCAGCAGGAUGCAUUCCACCGUUAUGCGACUUAUUAACAGUAAUGGAUUCUAAGAUUGUCCAGGUCGCAUUGAACGGUUUAGAAAAUAUCUUACGUCUUGGAGAGCAGGAUGCUGCCGAGCAUAAUGGUAUCAACCACUAUGCAAUGUUGAUCGAAGAAUGUUACGGCCUAAACAAAAUUGAAUUUUUGCAAUCGCAUCAGAACAUAGACAUCUAUGAGAAGGCCUUCAAUAUGAUUGAACGAUACUUCGGUUCGGAAGAAGAGGAUGCGCGAGUCGUUCCUACCAUAGAUGCGCAAGGACAGCAAUAUCAGUUCAGAGCACCCGAUUCAUCUCAAUUACCAGUUCAAGGCUAUGAAUUUUAAUUUUGAUCGAGCCUCCAAAUGUAUCCACCGGGUUCAAUCUUGUUUCGUUCAUUGAAUGUACGACUGUUUCUCGUAAAAAAAAGGACAAUCUUCAAAAUGGAAAAUCGAUCAGAUACAAAAGAAUGGUAUAUUUAUACGUAUACUUCGAAUUCGUUUGUAUGGAAACAGAAUAUCAGUAAAAAUCUCGAAGUAAUCAGGUUUUUGCUCGACGAUAAAGAUGAGUAAAAUGUUUAUACGCAGUUAUUUUUAGUGGUUUUUCUCUUAUUAUUUUUAGCUACACCAUACGCAUCGCUCUAAGUUCAUUACAACGCGAUUACUGUGUUUAACAAACCUAUCAACAAAUUGCAACGGCCGCUUUCUAUUGAGUGGUCAUAGCAGUUUGAAUAGGUUUAUUUUUCAAAUUCGUGCAUACGCCGUAUUUAGUAUGACACGUUCAGUUGAUUAAAAUUUAACAGAUAUCUUAGUGCUUAAGUAGAUAAGUACGGAAACAAUGAUCAGGACGAUUUACUUGAGAUAGACCUGUACCUUGUACGACCUACGACUGACUCAGAAUUACGAAAAAUACUUGCACAACCGGCAAGACACUAACGACUGAAGUACGCGACUACGUAGCCAACACGGACAACAUUACGCAACGCGGUACUCACAUCCUUACUACAUUAGCUAUAUAAACACGUCAUCUAUGAACGUAAUUGAAAUCAUGCCAGAGGCAUCGAUCUUGUUGUUAUAUUUUUUGAAAAUUUGUAGAAACCAGCAAAUCAUCAUUGGAAAUCUUUAUCUAAAAAUGUUGAUUUUCUGUACUGUCAUUUGACAUAACAAAAUAAAGUUGAAUAUUAAUAC